AUGGCGACACCCUCAACAGAUGGAAUCCCGCCACUGAACUUUGUCGUGGUCACCGGCGGUAGCAGCGGCAUAGGCGCCAAAAUUGUCCAGAUGUUAGAGGCCAAGAACAUCAAAGUCAUCAUUCUGGACAUAAAUCCGCCGCCUGUCAAGAAUGGUACAAGAACUCCCUUUUACAAGGUUGAUCUCUCAGACGCAGACGCAAUUGCUUCAGUAGCAGAACGCAUCCGAUCUGACCAUGGCCACCCGACAGCUUUGGUAAACAACGCCGGCAUUGCACAUGGUGAGACGAUUCUAUCAGUAACACCAGAGAAGCUUCAGAGGCUCGUCAGCGUUAACCUGGAGGCACCUUUCCUCCUGACGCAGCAGUUUCUUCCCGACAUGAUCAAAAAUAACCACGGGCAUAUCGUCAACAUCGCCAGUUUGGCUUCAUUCUUGACCCAGGCUGCUAACGUUGACUAUGGCGCCACCAAGGUCGGUCUGCUCGCCUUCCAUGAGGGUCUGAAACAAGAGCUCAGGCAUAUCUACAAUGCCCCUGGAGUACGCGCGACCGUCAUUCAUCCGACUUGGGUCAACACUCCAAUGAUUGAGCCAAUUCUCAAGGCUGGCACCCUUGGCCGCUACGUUGAACCAAAAGACGUUGCGGGUGCUGUUGUUAGACAACUCACAUCAGGUAACCUUGCCAGCAACUUCAAGCGUGAGACUACAGUUCCGUCGAGCUUCAACCUCAAGAACGCGACGCUGGUUGAGUUCAACGCGCAUGCUCGGGACUGGACAAAGAUAGAGAAGGAGACCUUCGAAAAGUCAGAGGUCUUUAACAGGUCCGCAACCUCACUAUGCAGAAAAGGCGCGCCACUCAACUACACAGACUCUGAUGUGAUUAUUAUCAACUCUCAAUAUCCCAACAUUUUUCCUCACUGUACAGGCGGAGGCUGUGUUGCCAGCAGGCCCUUUGCCUACAUCACCGUCAACCUCGGCCCUGUAGGACUCGCUCUCGUAGGCAACAAGACCGACACAUCCGGCGCAGGCUGCAAAUACAACCCCCGCUGCCUUAAGCGCGACUUGACCGACGAGAUCCUUUACUGCUACGUCAACAAGACGAGCUUCCUCACACUCCUCCGCGACACGGACGAUAUAUGGUGGUUCCAGACAAUAAUGUCAGGUCCCUGGGGAUCUCGCGACAUCGGAAUCCAUCCCGGCGCCCACAACUCACUUGGCGGUGAUCCCGGUCGCGAUUUCUGGGUCAGUCCCGGAGAGCCGGCGUUCUGGGCACACCAUGCGAACAUCGAUCGGGUCUGGUGGAUAUGGCAGAUGCGGGACCCGGAGGUGCGUGCAGCGAAUGUGUCGACCGCUGUGAAUGGGCCGAUCACCAUGUAUGACUUGUACGAGCCGCAUAAGAAUGCUACUAUCUUUGACCUUCAGAAUCUAGGUUGGGUCGCUGAAGCACAGGAAGUGGCACUGGGUGAGCUCAUGUCGACAACAGAGGGAAUGUUUUGUUAUAUCUAUGAGUAG